GUCCGAAUCAGUUCGGAUGGGAUUGGCGGGUUGCCAUAACCCGGUUGUCGGGUCCGAAAUGCUUGAGCUUUCUGGAUGCUUGACAGAUAAGAGUGCUGCAUCACUGGUCGCCAUCGCAUUUAAUGGAGAGGGCUCCUGCAUUUGGUUGACGGUGGAUGCCAGUGAGGGCUUUGAGCUUCCCAUAGGAGGGGUAAUUAUACCUCUAGAGGAAAGACAACAGUUAAUUAAAGCAGUGACCGGCGGAAUUGAGGAGGCUGAUUCACUGUCACGUGCCCUUCUUCAGCGUUUCCUUCACAUGGCUCCCCAGUGCUAUCCACGUCAGCAUUUUCCGUUUGUCCUGUUUCCCGCCGGAGUUGUGUCCUUUUUGCCGGAAUUUCAGCAUUUUCCAGGCGGAGUUGCUUGCCAUCGUGAAUGGACCCAAAGUGCUUCCUCGGGGAGUAAUCUGGAGCUCUUAUAUGUGGGCCAUAUUGUGGUCUGGGUUGUGAAAUGAGCUGCCAUCUUCAUCUUUCCAUCUAAAAUCAUUGCAGGAUUUUGUUGUAUGACCCAACAUACCAAAUCUGUAACAAAAAUCCACCAGUUUU